AUGUCUUCCACCUCGACGUCUCCCAAGCCCGCAGCGGCUCCCAAGUCCAAAAUGACAACCUACGACACCAAAGACAUGGGGCCCCAGCUCGACCGCAUCGCCGCCUCGACACGCACCACGCACGAGAAGCGCGUCUGGACAGCCCUGUGCCAGGUGCCCAAGGGCCAGGUCACCACCUACGCCAUCCUCGCCGCGCAUCUCGGCUCGUCGCCCCGCGCCGUCGGCAACGCGCUGCGCCGCAACCCCUUCGCGCCCCAGGUCCCAUGCCACCGUGUUGUGGCGACGGGCGGCAAGCUCGGCGGCUUCAAGGGGAAGUGGCCGCGCGACGGUGAGGGCAUCACGCUUGACGAGAAGAGGAUGCUGCUGAGGCGGGAAGGGGUCAAGAUUGACGAUGCUGGGCCGGGUCUUGGGGACGCCUUUUCAGGCAUUCGUCCCAAGUGUGAUCUGACAAGGUCCAUGUCAAUCACAUUUCGCCCUGCGAUUUCCCUCUUCAGCGAUUUGCGUUGUCGAUGGACUCUUCCACGAAUGCUGCUCAAACCCCAACCCCUAUGA